AUAAGUACAAAGAUUGUAAGGAAUUAUACCAACAAGGUUAUACCACUACCGGGGUGUACACAAUAUACCCCUACCUCCCUGUUACCAGACCAGUGAAGGUUUACUGUGAUAUGUCAACAGAUGGAGGGGGAUGGACGGUGUUUCAACAUAGAAAGGAUGGAUCGGUUGACUUUUAUCUGGAUUGGGUUGACUACAAAUCAGGGUUUGGACAAGUAAAGGGUGAAUACUGGCUUGGAAAUGAUCACUUACAUCAGCUGACGAUGCUUGGAACGUCCGAUUUCUAUGUUCGUUUAGAAAGAUUUAUCGGGGGUUGGUACUAUGCCAAAUAUAAUGAUUUCGUGAUUUCCAACGAAACAGAUGGUUUUAGGUUGAGACUCCAAUCUGGAUCAUAUCAGGGGAAUGCAGGGGAUUCCAUGGAAAGCUUUGGAACAACCAAUACAAAUGGACACAAGUUCAGCACACGUGACGUAGAUAAUGAUUCUGCUCCAAAAAGCUGUGCAGUGGCUCGCAAAGGUGCCUGGUGGCAUAAUGAAUGCACGUGGGCAAAUUUGAAUGGAAUGUACGGGAACGGAACUUGUGUGCAACCUGGGAAUUGUAAUUUUUGGUAUACAUUGACAAAUAGCUUUAGUGGUGUAAAAACUUCGUUUAUGAUGAUUCGCAGAGUUUGA